AUGUCACGAUCAUUUUUUGAUAGUUUGUCACAUACUUCAGUUGUUGAGUAUAUUGAUUGUCAUGAUACUUUGAUUUUAGCAAAUAAUCAAACUGUUAAUGUUGCUGGUACAGCCCGUGUUAGGUUUAGGGUGAAAAAUUCAGCUGAUCCCUCUCAUAUUGUAAAGUUCUAUAUUUUAGAACAAGCGUCACAUCCAGUACUCUUGGGUAUGGAGUAUCUCUCGUCUAGCGGUAUAGUACUAAACUUUAGCAAGGGUUCAGACUUCUCUCAGGUGAAACAUACUACGAAGAUUAAGUGUCAGUCUACUGUAGUUGUUAACCCAAAUUCUGAAUGUAUUAUUACUGGCAAGUUGUCCAAAGACUUAGAAAUUGGUAUGCAGGGUAUUACUGUGGGCCAUGCAGAGUUAUUGCACAAGGGUUUAAUUGUUGCUAGGUGUGUUGUUACUUGUAAUAGUGACCGCCUUGUUUCUGUUAGAGUUCUCAAUCCUGGAAAUGAACUGAUAUAUCUACACAAGGGUAUGAUUCUAGCAACUUUUCAGUUGUGUGAUAAUUCUGUGGACAUUGUAUGUUUACCAGUAUCUACUUUGAAAUGUUCACAUGUCUCCAAGCCAUGUAAUGUUAAGUCAGACUUGCUGUCAGAAUGUGAACCAAAAGUCCGUUCGAAAUUUAUGUCAGAGUUUGAUGUUGACCCUAAAUUGUCUGAUGAGCAGAAAGCUCAGCUAUACCAGUGUUUGUAUGAACAUAAAUCUGUAUUUAUUACCGAAGAUAAUCCAGGUUUGGGGCACACCACUGUGGUUGAGCAUCAAAUCCAUCUGAAGCCUGAGGCUCAGUCUAAGCAUCAGCGGCCAUACCGUUUACCGCCUGACAAGAAACAAGUUCUCCGGCAUCAGUUGGAUGAUGAGUUGCUCAAUCAGGGUAUAAUAGCUCCAGUAUCUGAGCAUGAAGAUGUGCCAAUUACUAGCCCCAUAGUGCUUGUUGCUAAGAGAAACAAACCAAAGAUUGAUCCGCAAAAUGUUACCAAGGAACAAAGCUUAAGUUCAUACCGUUUUUGCUGUGAUUUCAGAUAUUUAAAUUCACAAAUGCAAGAUUUUCGGUAUACAAUUCCAGACCUUCAGGAUUUGACAGAGUCUUUUUCAGAGACCACACCAAAUUUUAUCACAUCGCUCGAUUUGAGUAGUGGAUUCUUUUAAAUGUCCAUUUCAGAGCAUUCUACCAAGUAUACCGCAUUUAA